ACUUUUUUUCCGCCUGAACUGCCUGGACUGCGUCUCUCUUACGAACGUCUUGAUUAGGGAAGUAUUCCUGUUUUAGAGAUCCUCUAGACGACUGCAACGCUGGCCUCGCUUCCCUAUCGUUUCAAAGGGUCCGGUGCUGCCAACAUGGCGCCCAUGACCCAAGCGGCGCACCACCACCGGUCCACGACCAAAACAUCGCACAAGGCGUUCAAGAGCAAGCAUGCCACGAAGGGUGCGCUGAAGGAGGCUCACAAGGGCAAAGUCGAGAAUCACGAGCGGGGUAUCCGCAAGACCCCCCACCAGCAGCUCAAGUCGAAACUUGAUCGUCGGAACCAGGCUCGGCAGAAGCAGCAGUUGAAGCAUCAGGAGAAGGCACAGGCUACGAGCAUCUUUGCUGGUCAGAACGGUGCCCCGCGUCACGUUGCUAUUGUGCCCCUGACCCCAGAUAUCGAUGUCGCUUCGGUCAUCAGCUCCCUGAACGAAAGCGUCGACGUUUCCGGCGAGAUUGUGGGCGAUGGAGCCUGUCGCGUGCGUGUCGAUCGAUUUCGUCAGAGCGUCCUUUAUAUUCCCGCGAAAUAUGACCUCAUGAGCGCCUUGGAUGUGUGUCGGAUGGCCGACUUUGUGAUAUUGGUGCUUUCCCCUACGAUGGAGGUUGAGGAACAGGGCGAGACGCUAUUGCGAUCAAUCGAGAGCCAAGGUAUCUCGAAUGUGAUUGCUGCAGUUCAGGGCAUCGAGAAGAUCAACCCUGCCAAGAAACGUCCUCAAGUGGCUUCAUCUCUCAAAUCCUUCGUCAACCAUUUCUUCCCGACAGUGGAGAAAGUUCUGUCGCUCGAUUCGAGACAGGAGAGCUCUAACGUCGUCCGGUCUCUGUGUACCGCAACCCCCAAGGGAAUUCGCUGGCGCGAUGAACGAAGCUGGUUGCUCAUCGAAAAUGUUCAGUGGCCCGAGAGCUCGUCAGAAGUGGUGAAUGAUGUGAUUCUCACCGGUGUCGUUCGGGGCAAGGGCCUCAAGGCCGACCGCAUUGCGCACAUUCCGGGUUGGGGUGAUUUCCAGAUCGAGAACAUCACAGCAGCGCCACUACCCAGCAACAAAAUCAAACGAGAUGAUGCCAUGAAUGUCGACGAUUCCGAAACAACCCAGGUCCUGGAUGCACCGACUGCUGACCGUGACGAUCUGGCCGCCAUCGCACCGGAAGAGAUUGAAAUGGAGGAUGACAUGAUCCCUAUGGAGGAUACGGAGCGCAAGGGCGUCCUUCUCGACGAUCACCACUACUUCUCAGACGACGAAUCCCAUAUCCCAGCCCGACCCAAAAGGCUUCCGAAGGGUACUUCAGACUAUCAGGCCGCAUGGUAUCUGGAUAAUGUUUCGGAUUCCGGAUCCGACCUUGAGGAUGAGGACGAGGAGAUGGCCGUGGAUACUACCGGUGCCCCCGAGGAUGGCGUCUUCCCUGACAACCGUGAUGCGAUGACGGAGGCUGGACCUUCCGAGUAUCCGCAGUCGGAGAUGUUCCUGGACCCCUCUCCGGAAGACGAGGCGCAGCAGCUCGAGGAAUACCGCGCUAGCCGCAGGAAAGAAGCCAACGAAGACCUGGAGUUCCCAGACGAGAUCGAACUCCACCCCAAUGUUCUUGCCAGAGAACGUCUGGCUCGAUUCCGAGGGCUGAAGAGCUUCAAAACAAGUCACUGGGAGACUGCCGAAGACCGUCCGCACGAGCCAGAGGACUGGCGCCGGUUGCUCCAGUUUGCUGAUUAUAAGGGUUCCAAGAACAGGACGCUUAGAGAAGCCUUGGUUGGGGGCGUCAAUCCUGGUAUCCGUGUUGACAUUCAUCUGCGCGCUGUUCCCUCGUCACUCCGCAGCCGUCCCCAACCCGUGGCCAUCUUCUCUCUCCUUCGCCACGAGCAUAAGCACACCGUUGUCAACAUCAAUAUGACUUUGAACUCCAGUGUCGAGGAGCCGCUAAAGUCAAAGGAGGAGGUCAUCGUCCAGUGUGGACCUCGGCGUUUGGUCGUGAAGCCCAUCUUCUCCGCGGGAGACAAUACCCCCAACAACGUGCACAAAUACGACCGCUACCUCCACCCUGGUCGCAGUGCGGUCGCCUCAUGGAUUGGCCCUCUGACCUGGGGUGCCGUUCCAGUCCUUAUCUUCAAGAGACAGACUCAGCCUCAAGAUCCCGAAGUCCUCGACUCUGCAGAUGGUAGUGACGACGCUGCCGCCGCAGCCACUUCCGGUCAGCUCGAGCUGAUCGGUACCGGUACUGUCGUUGCGCCCGACCAAGCGCGCGUCGUGGCCAAACGAGUCAUUCUCACAGGCCAUCCAUUCAAGAUCCACAAGAAGGUCGUCACGGUCCGGUACAUGUUUUUCAACUCCGAAGACAUCAACUGGUUCAAGGCACUCCAGCUGUGGACCCGACGCGGACGCAGCGGGUACAUCAAGGAAUCCCUCGGCACGCACGGCUACUUUAAGGCAACCUUUGACGGCAAACUCAACCCGCAAGAUUCCAUCGGCAUCAGUCUGUACAAGCGGGUGUUCCCUCGCCGAGCCUUGGCCUUGGAGGAUGUGGUGGCCUAGACUUAGACGGGGUGGUUUGGGAACGAAUACUCUUUUUUUUUUUUUUCUUCCCUUCUCUUUUCUUU